AUUGGUGGAUCGACUCCAGCGACCUGCGUCAUAAGGUUCUGGCCCCCGCUACACGCCCGCUGCCUUGGUCUUGUGGCCUCAGUUCAGCAAGGUAUUCGGGAACCCAGGUCCCUGGUUCUAGCCAUGAGCUCCUUUCUUACCACCGUCAACAACCGGACGAAGAACCAGUUCCGACCUCGAGUACCCGGCAAGGGCGGCGCUACGAGCUACCAGCUUCGCCAGUAUGCGGAGGCAACACUCGGUGGCGGGAGCCUGCGGAAGGUGGUGAAGCUGCCGGAGGGCGAAGAUGAGAACGAGUGGUUGGCUGUUAACAUGGUGGAUUUCUACAAUCAAAUCAACCUCCUGUACGGCGCCAUUACCGAAUUCUGCUCUCCUCAGACAUGCCCGGAGAUGAAGGCGACAGAUGAGUUUGAAUACCUGUGGCAGGAUUCGGAGAAUUACAAGCGGCCAACCAAGAUGCCGGCGCCGGCCUACAUCGAGCAGCUGAUGAGCUGGGUGCAGAGCAACAUCGACAACGAGGCGGUCCUCCCGAGUCGUAUCGGCGUUCCAUUCCCCAAGUCGUUCCCAGCGCUGGUGCGCCAAAUCUUCAAGCGCAUGUACCGAGUCUACGCCCACAUCUACUGCCACCACUACCCCGUCAUUCGCGAACUCGGCCUCGAGCCGCAUCUCAACACCAGCUUUAAGCAGUACGUCCUGUUCAUUGACGAGCACAGCUUAGCCAGCGGCAAGGACUACUGGGGCCCUCUGGGUGAUCUGGUGGACAGCAUGCUGCGCAGCGACUAGGCUGCAACGUCUUCUUUUCUUUAGAGAUACCGAAUUGGUUGGGCUUUGUUGCAUCGCGGCGUUUGGUUGGGCUUGGCCGAUACAGGAAUUAACGGGUGCCUGGGUUGAGGAUUUAGGGGUGGCUGGCAACGCAUGCGGAUAAUGGGAAUGGAAUGCGAUGCGCGACCGGAGUCUCUGGGAGAGCAG